AUGGUGGCGUUGUUGGUGGUAGAACACGUGGUGAUUCCAGCCGAGGCGGGGAGGGUUCUAACGGAGAAGUUUGGAGACGGAAGAGCGACGGUGAUGAGCGUGGAGAGGAUGAAGUCGACGGUGGAUUCCUGGUUUCAGCGUCUGGCGUCGGGACCGAGUCCAAGAGGCCGCGGCCAUUAA